CCAUUUUUAGAAGCAAACAGCUAACAAAACGAAGCAGCUGCUGGGUUGCCGGGAUUUUGCUCAUCCCCCAACGUUGGCUUUACUUUCACUUCUUCAUUUCCGUUCCUUCCAUUCCUUCCCUCUUUUCUCUGGUUCCAGCUUGUUCUUUUAACUUCGAUGGAGCCAGCAACCCGAGAAUCAGAAUCAAACCCUACUCACUUCCCCGGCAUCUGAAUGAAACCCACUUCCCGUUCCUGCGAGAUUCGUUGGUGGGUUUGAUUUGACUAGUUUCUCUUUGGGGGAAAGUAAACUCCGAAUCAUGCUUUGUAUUUUUGGCUCUGUUCAUGGAGCUCAGUUUUAGUUCCCUUCCCUUUGGUUCCUUCCUGCAAUUGGGAGUCAUCCCCUGAAGAAUCCAUGGCAGAUCCAUUUCAGUUACAGCUCUAAAAUAACCCUUGAAAAUCUCAGCGGUAUGCCUACUUCUUCUACCCUCCUCACUCUUUCCAUUAUUGUUGCUCUCGAAUGUGCUGCUACUCAUUUGCUCGUUUUCUUAACUUUGACCAGGUCGUACUUUAAGCUGAAAGCUGUUCAUUAUCAUGUCACCUGAACUCUGCGGAUUGAAUUUGUUUCUAGCACUCCCAGAUGAUGUUUUUGCUAUCAUAUCUCGCUCCCUUUCGCCACGGGACGUCUGUAAUCUCAGCAUCUGCUGCCGUAGCUUAAAAGUUUUUGCAUCCUCGGAGAAAGUUUGGCUAACCCAAUGCGAAAUCUUGGACAUUCUCCCUCAACUGGAGCUUAUCAAUUGGAGAAGAGGUGUGUCAUCAUACAAGGCUCUAUGCCGCUUCCUUGUCAGUGUAAAGCCAUUGAUUGGGAUUUGGGUUCAUCAGAACCCUGAGCUCGGUAAUGUAGUCUAUGUCAUGCCUGGUUUUGUGUCUGUGGUUGGGUGUCGAAUCAUACCACAAGAGCUUGGUCCUUUGGGGAUUGAAGACGGCCCUAUACUUUGGGCACCCGUGUUUGAGAUAAUAAGUGAUGUUGAUGGUUCCACCUCGUUUUUUCUUCAUGGUAGAGAGAAAGGAAAUGACUUUAUCUAUCCGGGUUCGUUCAAGCCUUCUGAUAGGAAUUGCAAUGUGAUGUUACUCGAGAUCGAGCCUCGAGAGCAGCAGCCGAAGAAGAAUGAUACGGGUAAGAGGCUGUUGCAUAGUCAGAGUUUUGCUUGCAUCCCAGAGAAGGAUCAGUCAAUUAAAGUUGCUAGGUCCAGUAGUAGUUUGUCAAUGUCGCGAAGGGUAGUUCGGCAUACUGAGUCCAAGGCGAGUUUUAGUAAGCUGGCUUUCAGUGAUAGAAGGAAGUUGAUUGAGGUUGUGACUCGAAAUACUCGCCAAGUGUUGCCUGAUUCAACAAGUGCUCCGCUUUUCCCACUCUAUAGGGGUGAUGAAGCGAGAGAUAUGGGGGUUUUGUGGCGGCGUAGAUCUUUGCUUCUGGAGAUACACAAGCUUGGUGGAGAUGGCAUUGAUUGGAAACGGGUUCCAGAACUACCCUCCAAUCACGUUUCAUCGCAAUCAAAUAGCAUGAAGAAAAGCAUGGAUCAUCACUCAAGUGAGGUUUGUGGCUCAAAUGGAGUUGUGAAGAAAACACUUGGUGGGUAUAUAAGGGCUAGUCUGAAGCAAAUUUUAGGCAAGUCACCUUCGGGAGGGCAUAGACGUGCCAAGACUUCUACUUCGAGCAGUGACAGUAAGCACAUGAAUCUUCACGAUUUCUUGUCAUCAGGCGACACGAUAGGAUUGGCAUUGCGUCCUGUGACGUUGAGGUUUUCUUCUUACAGAGCCUGGCCAAAUAUGCACGACAGUCGAUUUGCCCUCUACAAGUUGCCCUUGUGGAUUCCCCGAGCUGACCAAGAGUUGGCCGGUUUAUGGGGUGGAACUUUCGGGUGGCCACCUGGGAAGCCUUCUGAGGAUAAGCCUGGGAAAGCACUCUUUUUUUUGUUAAUAUCUUAUGAUGAAUCUGAAGGUCAUCGUAGUCUUAUGGCUACUAAGAUAUUGGAAGGAACUCAUUAUGUACUUCAUCCCAAUGGCUCAGCAAUGUUUAUAGUGAACAUAGAUGAACCUUCUAAUGAUUUGUUUCCUUGGGAUGUUAGUUUUGAUCAUGCAUUUGCUGGGGAAGGUAUUGCCCAUGGAUAUGGGUUCAGAUAUCCAGGGUCUAAACCGGGUUCACUGUUUGUGAUUCGCGAUGGUGUACUGGCGUUUGUUUGGAAGGAGUCGCGAACUGUGUUGACCAUGCAGCGGGUGAACUUGGAGGAGCUACUGAGGAAAGGUGAACAAGUGCCUGCACUUCCACCCAUUGCAAACUUCGCGUACUUAACUAAAUCCUACUCGAAUGUCUUUGUCGGCUUCUCCAAUGCAGGAACUUGCAUGUCUUCACCAAGGCAAAGGCAAUGAUAUUAUGCGAGGAAGAAGAUUCAUUUCGUGGAGCGUAUGAUGAAAUGGGCUGUCAAUGGUGCUUCAUUAUAAGAUGACUCCCUUAGAUAUAUUCCAUGUAUGUUCAGUGUGAACGUGACUUCAUAGGAUUAUAUAUGUACGGUUUCCUUCUUCACAUGUGUGAAUAAGGUGUACAAUAGUUGUGAAGUUGUUAAUGUUUGAUGUCCAUUUUUUUUGUUGAUGAUUUGGUGAAGGACAUGAUUGAUUGAAAAUAUAGAAGUCUGCCCCUCUGCUUGAUAGCUUUUUGUGAUUGAGUGUUACUUAGUAUGAUACCAUUGUUCAUAUAAUUGUAUAAAUGAUGGGAAUGUUG